AUGCAAGAACACCAGAAAAAGAACCGUCCAAAAUACUUAAACACUUACAAAAUGGAGCCUGAUAAAAAGAUGAACAUGUUUAAAAUCAAGAACUCAAUGCAAAAAUGUCUUGAGAAGCUUUGCGAGGACAAACAAUUUGAAGAAGUCGUAGAACGAGAAAUGAUCCGAACAAUUAACAAUCAACUUCAUAAUAAAGUCAGGGACUUGGUGCCAGAUAGAUACAGAUUCAUCGUCCAAGUCAUUGUGUGCGAGCGAAACGACAACGACUUCAGCAUUUCUUCACGCUCGCUCAUGAACAACGAUCACGAUUCAUACACGUCCGUCAGCUAUGCCAAAGGAGAUAUCGUCGUCGUCGGAAUCUGUCACGUUCUCUACCUCGAAUAA